AUGACAUUAGUAGCCAGGUUUGGAUAUGACAUAAUGCACUGCAAUAAUGAUGACAUUAAACCUGUCAAUAGUCUGGAAAGUGAUGCCCAGAAAAUUGUAAUAUUUGACGACUUCAUUUGUGAUAAAAAUCAAAAACCGCUUAUCGAUUAUUUUAUUCAAGGCCGACAUAAGAAUUGCAGUGUUAUUUACCUUUCACAAUCAUUUUAUAAAACUCCAAAAGAUAUCAGACUAAACUGCAAUCAUUAUAUUGUUUAUGAUUUCCCUAGCAGUAAUGAGAGAAAUGUGAUUUCUCGAGAGUUGAAUGUAACAAAGGAUCAGUAUAUUAAAGCAACAAAACAACCCUAUUCAUUCCUGUGUGUUGACAAACCAAUGAAGACCGUCAAAAGAAACUUUUAUGGAAAUACCUAA